GUUAGCAAUUGGUUGAGUUAGUUAGACUCUAAGGUUGAGUUAUUCACUGUAUAAAUACUGUAAUUAUCAAUUGAGCUUCAUUAAUUCACAUUUUAUCAAGAAAAAUAAGUCUUCAAAUGAAGGUUCUCUGUACAGUGGCGGCGUAACCGCCACCUCAACCGCCGCAACCACCACCUCAACUGGAGCAACCGCCACCUCUUCUUCCUCAUUUUCGAGGUGUCUUUCUUCUGCCACCACGCCAUUGCCACCCGUAGGCGCAACCGCCGCAAUCACCACCUCAACCGGCGCAACCGCCACCUCUUCUCCUCCAAUAUCUUCUUCCUCAUUUCAGCAGCAAAAUCUUCUUCCGCCGCAACGCCAUUGCCACUCCCAUACUUCACCAACCUUCCAUUCAAGUCGUAACCGCUCACGGAGCCAUUGUCGCUACCUCGUUUGCUCGCAGAACACCCUCUCUUUGCUACUGAAACAUUGAACAAGAAGAAGAAGAAGAAGAAGAAGAAGAAGAAGCAUGAUGGACCCGUGCUUCAAUGCUCUCCCUAUCGAUUUGAUUCCACUGAUUCUGGUGAGGUUACCUGUUCGAUCUCUCCUCCGUUUCAAAUGCGUCUGCAAAUCGUGGCGGUCUCUGAUUUCCGAUCCCGAAUUUGGUAAAUCACAUUUUGACCUAGCUGGUGCACCCACUCACCGUCUUCUUCUCAAAAGAAUCAAUGAUGGUUCUGAAAUUCAAUCAUUGGAUUUACAAGCAUCGCUUCACGACGAUUCUGCUGUGGUAAACCUCAAAUUCCCACCCUACACUGCCCCCUUUUUUCAAUCCCUGGGUUCUUGCAGAGGGUUUGUUCUGUUAACCAAGAGGUUGUGUCCAACAAAUGAUCUCAUCCUGUGGAAUCCAUCAACUGAUGCUCACAGAGAAAUUCCAGCGAUCUUUCUUGGUGGUUUGUUUAAUUCACUCUAUGGUUUUGGGUAUGACCAAUCGAAGGAUGAUUAUGUGCUUGUUCUAAUCCGAUUGGGUGUUCGAUUGCUCGAAGAACGGUGUCAAAUUGAUGUUUUAUCUCUGAAAACCAAUGUACCCUCCUUUUAUUACUAUCGUGUUGUUCAAUAUCUGGAAGCUGGACAUGAGUCCCAAUGUGGGGUUUUCUUGGAUGAGUCUCUACAUUGGCUGGUUAAAUCCAAGGCUACACAGCAUCAUCUAGUCCUUGCCUUUGAUUUGGUGAAAAGAAGCUUUUCGAAGAUUCCUUUUUCACCUGAUUUGGCAGCGGAAUUGGCAACUCAUGGCCGAGGUUGUUUGAGGGUAUUGGGAGGGUGUCUUAGUGUGUGUUACUCGAGUGGAGGUGGUGGCCAUGAAGUGGCUGAGAUAUGGGUCAUGAAAGAUUCUUGGAGUAAAUUGUUUGUUUUGACAAUUCAUGACCUUGUUGGCAGCAAGUUUUUUCCAUUGUUUUCCACUGAAGGUGGUGGUGUUUUCGGAUCUGAUGAGAGUGGAACAUUCAGGAAAUUUAAUGCUGAGGGUGAACUGACUGAACUGACUGAGAAUUACACAGAUGGACUGGAUGACGACAAAGGUGCACUACAAUUUCUCAACAUGUAUAGAGAAAGCCUACUAACCCUCCCUGGUGACGUUGAGGAAGAAAAUGUAGAUGCCUGACAAAUGUUUUGACUUUAAGUUGUGCAGAUGUUGUUGAUCUUAGCCAUUUUGGAGGCUUGGAGCUUAAAGAUGGUAUGGAGUGAGAGGGAAUCAAGUUGUAGUAUGCAUUGAGCUUGCUUGUAAUUGGUUUAACCACUUCAUCUCAAUGAUCUAGUGCUGAUAAGAUUUUCUGUUAUAGUUUCAUGAUAUCCCUAAAGAUACUUUGUAGUUUGUAAUAAGUAGGACCUAUUGAAUGAGUAAUUACAUUAGUGCUGUCAGAAUAAUGGACCCUUUGCUUGAAAUGGCUAUUGAGAUUCAUGGAA